AUGGCCGAGAAGAGCGACACCCGCAAGCGGAUCCCAGCCAAGGCCUCGGGGUCGAGCCCGAAGAAGUGCAAGUCGUUCGCCAAGGGCGCCGACGAGGAUGGGGCCUUCAAGGUCGAGUGGGAGCCCGUUCGCGAGAGGAAGUCGAGGGCUUCUACGCGGAAGUGCGGCCUGUGCAGGUCCAUCAAUAAGGAGCACGAGCACCAGUUCGGCGUCGUCUCCCCCGCGGCCGACUCCGCCAAGGAUCCAGUCGAGGCCCUGUGGAUGUGCAAGCGCUGCUAUGACUGGGUGCAGGAGGAGGUGCCCGACUGCGACGUGCGGGAGGUAGUAGUUGAGCUGAAUUCAGACGAGGCGAGGCGCAAUGACGUGAUGCGCUCGCUGGGCUUCGACGUGCCCGAUGGCGACGGGGCCGAGGCUAUGUGCGACGAGGUCGGCAUGCCGCUGGAGCUCUCGUCGGGCGAGGAGGUCGGGUACCUCAUCGAGGAGUCGUUCGAGCUCUUGACCCGCACCGAGUUCCAGACCCUGGCCAACAAGAGCCCCGAGGCGGCGAAGGCGAAGGUGAUCAAGAGGCGCUCCCCGACGGACGGGAAACUGGAGCUGCGAUUCGCCUUUCCAUUGCCUGGACGCCCUCGGCCACGUCUGACGGUAUUCUCGAAGGUUUCGGCGACGGCCACGGUUAAGAAGACUAAGACGGGCAUGAUCGAGAAGUUCAGGGGCCAUUGUUCGAUCGCUUUCAAGAGCUUCGUGAAGAAAGUGAUUGGCCCCACUGGCGCGGGGUCGCUGUCCCGCUUCUUGACGACCUUGGACGAGCACAUCGGCAAGCAGGAGACCCCGACUAAGCCAGCUAAGCAGUCCGACCCCUCAGGGCCAGGGCAGGCGGAUGCCAAGGCCGACGACGAGCUCAGCAGGGCCGUCGGUGGGCGCUUGGCCAUCAAGGACGGGGUCAUGACCGACGAGAGCGCCGCGGCCGAUGGUCUGGGAGACAACGUUGUUGAUGUCGAUGCUAUGGGCAACAACCACGAGAUAUUCCUCGGCAUGCCUUCCGUAGUGAUCCCCCCUAAGAGGCCGCAGUCGGAUUCAUUGAGCCCCCUCGGGACCGCCAAGCAUUGGAUCGAUCGGUCCCCGCUGGCUGACGUGCUGCUCGGGGCCGAGUGCAAGAGGGAGCUGAACCAGCUCGGGCUCAUCGAGAAGUCCAAGGAGGCCCCGCCGCUGCAGCGUGACAACGCUUCGCGGCACAUGAACUUGAUCAGGACGUGCUCCGAGCUCUGGCCAUCCAAUCUUGAGCGCAUGAAGCGCGAGCGCAAGCGGGAGGUCCUGGAACUUGUGUCGCCAGCCAUCGACGCGUGGCCGUCCUUCACCCAGAUGUACCUCAUCAACUUCGAUACCAAGCCCCUCUGGGAGAACGUGCUGAAGAUGGAGGGCCACCAGUCGGCCUUGAUGAAGCUAUGCGACAUGCUCAAGGUGUGGACCACCGUGGGGGACUCCCGCUGCAUGGACAUCCACGCGCUGACGAUUCGGACCUCUACCAUGACUGACGCGGAGAGGGCGGGCUACUUCCUGACAGAGGUGCUUCUGAACAACGUCGCGCAGUGGCUCCGUCAUGGGGGGUCCGCGUCGGAGGCCGUCUUCUUCGUUGCCGAGAACGCGCCACCGCUUCUGCGGUUGCCAGAGGAGGUCGAGGAUUGCGAGAUCGGCCCCGCGUGCGCCAAGGCCCUCAGCGAUUGCGAACGCAUCUUCGCCGUGCUGGCCCUGAUGAACGACAUCAGGAUUCCCGAGUCCACGCCCGCGCACGUGUUUGACGACAUCGAGUUAUUCGUGGUUUCCCAGGCGAGUGGUGGCGGCAGUGACAUCUGGACCGUGGUGGCCAGGGCGGCCGACGACAGCACGCUGUGGCAGCACAAGGUGGCCAGCUUGCGCAAGACCGCGAAGGUAUGCAAGCACUUCUACCCCGAUAUCACGAAGGUCCCCCAGGCGCUGGAGGUGAUCGGCGAUCAGCCCACAGUGGAGGCGUCGGAGGGCCUGGCCGAAGCUGCAACGAAGCUGGAAUGGUUCGAGAAGGAGAUUGGGACGGAGCCAGUGGAGAAGCUCUCAUCGGCAAUAUUGGCAAAAUUUACCUCUCACGUGAACGCCUUGCCGACUGGGGCGGGCGUUGAGGACAUCCCGAUGGCGACGACGGUCAUCGAUAAGUACGUGGAGCUCGGGCAGUGCAUCUCCAGGGUCAUGCCUUUGGAGGACAAGGUCGCUGCGGCGAGGGAGGUCAUCCUACGUGCGAAGUCGUCGUUGGCGGUGCAGGCGUCGGCCAAGAAGGCGUCUGCCUCCAUCGAGAUGUUCAAGACUGGCGAGUGUUCGUCCGAGGACGUUCGGAGCAACCUCCUGCGCAUGACGAAGGCAUCGGGGGGCGGCGGCGAUGACGCCAACAAGAUUAGCGACGAGGCCGCGAGCAUCAUCGACACGAUCAUCAGGAAGCCGUUCGACACAGUGCUGGCUGAUGUGAAGAACCUUGCGGCGCUUGCUAAGGAGGCGGCGGGGCACGUGAGUCCGCCGCGCUCCGACUGGGCAGCAGGCGCCGCGAAGCUGCUGGAGCGCAUGUCCGACUUGCGCAACGCGGCGUCGGCGAUGGGCAACCCCGAGGACGGUUUGGAGGCGAUCAUCCACCAGGCCGACUUCGAUAAGAAGCUGUCGACGCUGAGCCGCGCCAUCAAGAUGUUCGACACGGUGACAGUGGUCAAGGCCGAUGAUGACCUUGUAUUGGCAACCCUGCAAGGUGAGGCGAAGCUGUGGCGCAACAAGCACGACGAGACCCGCACCUCGAUGAUGGCGAAGCACUUGGAGAUACUGAACUCGAACAUCGGCCUCCUCGGUAACACAGUCGUGACCCUCUCCAAGUCGGCCGAGGCAGAGCAGUUCCUGACGGAGCUCGAGCAUGCGCUCGACCUCAAGAGCGUCAUGAAGGCGUUCAACGCCACCAUCUCGGCCUACCAGUUUGACGACAUGGACAAGGCAAUCACAUCCCUCGUGAAGGCGACCUCCGAGCUGGAGGGGAAGGCAAAGGAGUACAUGAGCUACGAUGCCCAGAAGGAUGCCAUCACCACUGCGCAGGGCAUCGCAGACCUCGCCUACGUGGUGAUGUUCCGCGGGAGAGUCGCCAGGGCGUGGCACGGAGUGUCGAACACUGACACGGCGAAGGUCCGCUCGAGCUUGGUGGACGCCCAGAAGAGCAUGGGCAAGCACGGCGUCACCCCCAGCAAGGUGUUGGGUGCCGUGCUCACGGGCGUGUUCCGCAAGGGCCUCCGUUCGGAGACGGCCACGCAGUGCGAGUGGAAGUGGCAGGCCUGCCUCAAGACUCCGGGCUCGCGCGGCUGCUGGUGCGGAGGCACGCUUAUCAGCGAUUCCUGGGUCCUCAGCGCGGCCCACUGCGUCGAUGACGGCAGCAGCUUCGACAUCAUGCUCGGGGACUUCAACCACGUCCAGGCAGGCGACCGCAACGAGCAGGAGAUUCCGGUGAAGCGGGUCGUGAUUCACCCGGACUACGAUAGUGUAUCGUUCGCCAACGAUUUCGCCCUGAUCGAGCUCUCCAAGACGGCUUCGUUGGACGACUGCGUCGGGACCGCCUGCCUGCCGUCGGACGAUAUGGAGCUGUCCGGCGGGGAGGCCUGCUACAUCACAGGCUGGGGCACGCUCUCGGAGGGCGGCGUCCAGCCGAACAGGUUGCAGGAGGCCGAGGUUGGCAUCGUCAGCACCGCGGAGUGCAGGCUGAAGUACGGCUUCGGCACGAUCACGGACAGCAUGCUGUGCGCGCAGGGCGCGAGUGGCGGCAGCGUCGUCGACGCGUGCCAGGGCGACAGCGGCGGCCCGCUGGUCUGCGAGAGCGGCGGCAAGUGGUACGUCCACGGCGCGACUUCGUGGGGGUACGGAUGUGCGUCUGUGCACUAUCCAGGCGUCUGGGCCCGCGUGACUGCCGAACUGGACUGGAUCCAGAGCUACCUCGACGGUGGUGAAGAGCUCACGGCGACGCCCACGCCGUCGCCUACUCUGGGUGACUUCCCCGAAGGCCAGAUGUUCAUGGUGACCAGCGGCGGCUGUACGGUCGUGGAGUUUUGCGUGCGCAGCCCGAACUAUCCAAGCGUCUAUGGCGCAGACCAGGGUUGUUCCAUUGCUGUCAAUGCGGAGCUGGCCGAACAGAUUGUUGUGCUGGACUUCGAGACAGAGGUCGGCUACGACAUACUGACCGUCAACGGCCACGGGUACAGUGGGCAAACGGGGCCUGCAGGUGUCGUGCCCAGCGCCACUAUCACGUGGACCUCCGACUACUCGAUUAUGUUGGGAGGUUGGCAGUUGUGCCCGGCAUCUCACGACCAGGCUGGAUCCCUGGCGCCCACCUCUGUGCCCACGCCAGCGCCUCCAACGCCACCAUCGCAGUGCGGAGUCCGGGGGGCAGAUACGACCCCGUGGGUGAGCGGGCGCGUCGUCAACGGCCAGGAUGCUUCGGCGUGCGAGUGGAACUGGCAGGUGGCCCUCAAGACCUCAGGCUGGGGGUCGCAGGCGUUCUGCGGAGGAACGCUCAUCGACGCAAGGUGGGUGCUCACGGCCGCACACUGCGUCGACAACCUCAACUUCGCCGUCCUCGCAGGCGAGUUCGACCUCACGUCGGACGGCGACGGCGCCGAGCCGGUCGUCCUGCAGGUGGCCAGAGUGAUCCCGCAUCCGCUGUACGACGAGGCCUCUCUCGACAUGGACUUCGCGCUCGUGGAGCUGGCGGCGGAGGCGAGCCUUGGAGACUGCCUGGGGACCGUCUGCCUGCCCGAGGCAGAGCUGGCAGCCGACUCCGUGUGCUACAUCUCGGGGUGGGGCACGCUGGAGGAGGGCGGCCCCGUGUCGGACACGCUGCGGGAGGCGGAGGUGACGACGCUGAGCAACGAGGACUGCGCCACCCGAUAUCCGUUCGUGGACAUCACGGACAACAUGCUGUGUGCCCAGGGGGUCUUGAACGGCGAGCCCUCGGACGCGUGCCAGGGCGACAGCGGCGGCCCGCUGGUCUGUGAGAACGGCCAGGGCUACUUCGAGAUCCACGGCGUCACCUCGUGGGGCUACGGCUGCGCCGACGCGGACUUUCCCGGAGUGUGGGCCCGCGUGACCCAAGCGAAGGAGUGGAUCGCCGAGUACCUGGACAGCGCUGCGCCAGCUUACCCACCGCCUACGCCCGCGCCUCUCGUGCCAGAAGGGGAAGCGUGGGCGGUGGCAUCCGGCGACUGCGUCAUCAACGGCGACGGGUGCCUGACAAGCCCCAACUAUCCCCUCACGUACAUCAGUGACCAGGCAUGCACUGUCAUUCUGGCGGCCAGCAACUCCAUGGCCAUCCAGGUUGUCGAUUUCCAGGUGGAGGAUUAUCUCGUGGCCUCCGGCCUAGUCCGCCACAGUGCGUGGUCCUGGGCGGCCAGGCGCACGGCCCUCGCCGCGUCCUCGACGACGCGGCAGAGGCGAGUGCGCGCAGCAUUGGCCGCGCUCGCCAACUGGAAAGAGGUCAUGGCGCAGAGACUGAAAGAGGCAGUGGCGCAGGUCAUGGCGCAGAGACUGAAAGAGGCAGUGGCGCAGGUCAUGGCGCAGAGACUGAAAGAGGCAGUGGCGCAGGUCAUGGCGCAGAGACUGAAAGAGGCAGUGGCGCAGGUCAUGGCGCAGAGACUGAAAGAGGCAGUGGCGCAGGUCAUGGCGCAGAGACUGAAAGAGGCAGUGGCGCAGGCACGGGCGGAAGGACAUAGAACCAGUGCCUACGGCACGGUGUCGGAUUUUGAUUUUCUGGAAGUGAAUGGCCUUCAUUACACUGGCGGCGAGGGGCCUGGCGGGGUCGUGCCCACCGCCCAGAUCACCUGGUCGUCGGACUUCGCCGUGGAGGGGGAGGGCUGGGUACUGUGCCUGGCGACACAAACGCCCGCGCCGCCGCCGACGCCUGGCCAAUCGGCUACGCCCGCACCGCCCACGCCAGGGGGAGAAGCAUGGGCGGUGGCAUAUGGCGACUGCGCUGUCAACGGGAACGGUUGCCUGACAAGCCCCAACUACCCCCAGCAGUAUAGCAACUCCCAGCUAUGUACAAUCAGUGUCGCGGCCAGCAACGCCAUGGCUAUCCAGGUUGUCAACUUCCAGGCGGAGAACCCCUAUGACGUGCUGGAGGUCGACGGCAUCUUCUACACUGGAGACGUGGGGCCCGUCGGGGUCGUGCCCACCGCCCAGAUCACCUGGUCCUCGGAUGUAAGCGUGGUGGCGGGGGGCUGGCUUCUCUGCCUGACGUUACCGACACCCGCGCCAGGGCCGACGCCCACGGACUGCCAGGAUCGCGUUCCGGACGGGCAGGUGGAAUGGUACGACGAGCACGGCGCUCAGUUCAAUUGCGCGUGGUACGCCGAAGAUGACAGGUGUAUGUUGCACGGCAACCGCUUUGAGAACUUCGGCAUGACGGCCAACGAGGCGUGCUGCGCGUGUGCCUCGAUCCAGCUCGCCACGCACGCGCGCAGCGAUGCGCCGAAGGACUGGACGGAUCGGCCGUCAAAGUACAGCUGUGCCCACUACGCCGCCGAGCGGUGGUGCACCCCCGAGGGCGGCUAUGGGCCUGGCUGGAUCAGGGAGGGAACCUUCGACGACUACCAGAGGCAGGGGGUGUCCGCAGGCGAGGCCUGCGUGGCGUGCGGCGGGGGUGAGCCGUGCAUGGACUUGGCGGUGGCGUGGAAGGACGCUGGCGGCUUCGAUUGCCGCGAUUACGCCGAGUACUACUGGUGCACCCCCGAGGGCGGCUACGGGUCGAGCUGGGACUCGUCGUGGGGCGUCUUCGGCGACUGGGCGGUCGACGGGCAGUCUGCCCUGGAGGCGUGCUGCGCCUGCGGAGGGGGGGCUGCCGAGGGGGCCUGCGCGGGCGAUCCCGCGACAUUCGACGCGGGCUGGGGCGGGUGCGCCACGUACGAGCUGGGGAGCCCGAACCACGCGUUCUGCGCCGUCGACCGCGACGCCGACCAGGAGGUGUACGCCGCACAGGCGUGUCCACACUGCGGCGUGUGCCAGCAGGCGUGCGCGUCCGCCGAGGGGGCGUCGGAGGACGUCGGGGGCUACACGUGCGCGGACGGGUACUCCGCCGCGCCGAGCACCUUUUGCGGGUAUUACGACGACGCCGACUUCACCGCCGGCGAGAUGUGCUGCGAGUGCGGGGGCGGCCAGAAGGAGUGGGCGGUGUGGGCCGGGCUGUACACGGCGAACCCAGUCCUGCUGGGAGUCGCGUCGCCGAGCUGGGCGAGCGUGGCCGGCUCCAUGUCCUUCCAGGCCAGCGGCGUGAUGGAAGCGCAGGCCGAGGCUGCCGUUGUGGCGGCCCUCGCCGAGUACGUCGGCGCGCGGGAGUCGAGCGUCCGAGCGGAAGCCUCCCCGAUCGCCAGGCGGCGGCUCGCGUCCAACGGCGGAGUCAGCACCUGGUCGGUUGCCUACGACAUCCGGCUCCCGAGCGAGGGCUCCGAGGAUGCCCUGCAGCUCCUGCGGGAGCUCGCCGACCAGGCCGAGGCUGCGCAGGGGAACGACGCAGAAGAGAUCAGCAGCUUUGAGGAUGCGCUCUCGGCGAAGCUCGCGGAGAGCGCUGGCGUGGACGCCGGCACGGUCAGCCUGCAGAGCUUCUUGCAGCCGGAGAGCACAUUCUCCACCACCGUCGGCGUGCCACUUGCCGACGCCGGCACCGCUACCACCACCACCACCACCACCACCAACUUCGCCACCGGCGGCGUGCCACUUGUCGACGAGGGUGUCGCCGUUGCCGUAGGGCUCGUCGUUCUGAUAUCGUGUGGCAUUUGUGGCGUAGCUGGUUGCAUCGCUUGCUACUGCUGCUGCUGUAAAUCUGCGAGGCCGCCGCCGAGUCGGGGCCCCCCAGUUCAGGCCUCAGCUGGGGCUCCAUACGCUCUAUCGCAAGGCCCGCAAGCUCGGGGCGUUCAAGUGCAAGUGGUGCAAGCUACCCGCGUUCCAGUGCGAGGGCGGGAAGCACCAGCUACCGUUGUCAGACCAGCACAGCAAGCGGACGAGGAGGAGGAGGGGAACGAGGGGAACGAGGUGUGCCUUACCGUCAACGGCGAGGGCACCUCGGCGGCUGGUGGCACCCUGUCACGGCCGUCGCGCGUCGGCUUCAGCCUCUGAGAAUUGCCUCGGGCGGGCGUGUUCGGUCUCGCAGCGGCCUGCAAAGACAGGCGCUGGUCGUGGUGUCGCGGAUCGGUCGCUCGCCUCGGUGCAGCAUGGAGCAUGGGGUAGCACUGCAGGUCCACCUCGUCGACCUUCGCUGCCAGUCUUGGAGCUCCCUGGGCGGCGCUCGGCGCACCGCGCUCCACACAUGCCGCACGGCUGCGCGGGGCAGGCGCACGCCUGUGUCAGCGCAUGUCUUCCGGAUCAUCGGGCAGCCCCUGGUUUUUCUUCCCCCCCGGGUGGCCACGAGCGCGCCUGCGCUCCGCAGGACCGCCUCGGCUCUGCUCACCGCUGCUGCCAGCCGAAGGCGCUUCUCGCUGGGCUGCAGGCCAAGGCGGCGGCGGCGCGUUCCGUCCUUCGGUCUGGCCACGAGGCACCGUCGGGCUCUGCCGGACGGCUGCCCGCAAACGCUGGGCAGAUCUGCUCGGCGCCAGGCAGACCUCGCCUGCCAGCGGGGGGCCCGCUGAGGUCCGCGGGGAGAGCGGCCGAGCUCGCUCCGCCGAGCGCGCUCCCGCGAGACUCGCAGAGCGCCUGCUCGCAGACGUCCGACAAAGACACGCUUCCUGCCUAUUCGAAGGCAGGAUCUUCUCCUCCUCCUCCUCCUCCUCCUCCUCCUCCUCCUCCU